UUCAGGUGAUGGAGAUGCUGCCUGGAAAAUAGCCCACGUGAAUCUGAAGGUAACAGGGAAGUUCCGUUAUUUCUUCCAGGGCAUUAAAGGAUCAUCAGUCUCCUCGGGGGCCAUCUUGAUCGAUGACAUCACUCUUACUGAGUCCAUUUGCCCCAGUGCUGUCUGGCAGAUGCAUAAGUUCUCCAACGUUCUCGCCACCACCCCUCUUGGCACCCCGGUGAAAAGCAAUUGCUUCUACAACUCGGAGGGCUACUCAUUCGGCAUCAAUGUUUACCCCAGUGGAAAAGACAGUGCCUAUCCAGACUAUGUUGGCAUGACCUUCUUCCUGUGCAGCGGGGAAAAUGAUGCAGUGAUGGAGUGGCCAGCCAAAAACAGACAGGCGACCAUCGUUGCUAUGGACCAGGACCCUGAUGUAAGACUGAGGAUGUCUUCUACAAGAAGCUUCACCACAGAUACUGAUCCCCGCUGGAACAAACCAACAGCUACUUCAGGUCAAGAAUUUGGCUGGAGCACGUUUAUUUCCAUCCAGCAUCUGCAGAGGAGGAGCUUCCUCAAAAACGAUGACCUCAUCAUUACGGCUGACUUCAACGAUUUGACCCACCUGAUCAAGACUGAGGUGCCUGUCAAACCGGCCGCACCAAGGAACGAAAUUCCAGAGGAGAAGCCAGUCAGCGAGCUGAAAAUGAAACCGGAGACCCCGAAACACAGAGAAGCACGCGCUGCCAACCCGUGUGGCCCCAACCACUGCAUAAACGGAGGCAUGUGUGUGGAGAGUAAAGGGGAAGCCUCAUGCAGGUGUGCAUCUAGCCAGACCACCUACUACACUGGUAAGAGGUGUGAGAAAACAAACAUAGACAGAGGCAUUCUGGGCGCUCUGAUUGGUGGCGCAGCAGGGACCGUUGUGUUGACACUGGCCAUCUUCACCGUCAUCAGGAGAGCUCAGUGACACAUCUUCCAGGGGGGUAAUAUAUCCUCUGCAUUCGCCCAGCAGUGAAAUCACAGCAAGCUGGUGACAAGGCUGAAGUGAGAAGUGUUUGUAAAAUCUGAUAAGCUAAUUAUUAACUUCCUGAAUCAUAUUUUGCGUACGCUUCUAAAUUAAUUUUUGUAUAUCUUAGAAUGAGCCUUGAAAUCUCCCGUACUUAUCCAUUAACUUUGUUUGGUAUGAUAAAAAUAAUCACAUGCAGUCCGCUUGUCCGCAAAUUACAUUUGUCAUGGAAAAUGCAAAGCUUGGAUUUAAACUUCAUUGGGUAAUGAUAACAAUAAAAUACAUUGUAU